AUGCACGACGGCCCAACAAGAGGAGGAACUCGUGGCGGCCAAGGCGACUUUCGCUGGGACGACGUCAAGAACGACAAACACAGAGAAAACUACCUUGGCCAUACUGUGAAUGCGCCUGUCGGAAGGUGGCAAGCGAACAAGGACGUCCACUGGUACUCGCGCGAUGGUAAUGAUGACGCCGAGGCCGAGGCCGAGCGCCGCAAGGAAGAAAUCCGAAAACUCAAGCAGCAAGAGGAAGAUGCCCUUUCCGCCGCUCUCGGUUUUGCACCUGUCAAGCGCGAUGACGACAGCGGCGGUACAGGCGCCAACAACAUCCCCGUCAGGGGAGAGCUUGAGCGGCGUGAGAAGGAGGCGAAGAAGAGGGAAAAAGAGUGA